CGCAGUCACCUCGCCGCUGAGCGUUCACCGCCGGGCCGGGCCCGGAGCAGGACGACACCGCCAGUGCCCCGGUCCUUUCCAGGCCUUUCGCCGCGCUUGCCGAAGGCGGGCGAGGGCACUAUGGGUGUUGUAGUCCCGGGCGGUCUCGGUCCGCGGGGCGCGGCGGGAUCUGUAGUCCCGGGAGGCGGCGGCUCCAGAGGGAUAAGGCUCCCGCCGAGGGGGGCCGGGGCUGCCAUGGGACAACGGGAACCCCCUCGAGGCGGCGGGCACAGUGGUUCCUGCCAGGGGCGGGGGCCGGACCCCUUUUGUGGGGCGGCAAAGCCCCAGCUCCCUGGGAAGGGCCGAGACAGACCCGCUAUUGUCUGCAACCCGGGAUAAUCCCCGCGGCCGGCAGCCAGGAGCGCGGGGCCCGGGUGGGCCGCCCGCCCAGCCGCCAAAUCCCAGUCAGAUGAGGAGCUCAGCCCACAGCUUUCCCCGCUGCCGCCCGAACUGCCGGAGCUAUGGCGCCGCCUCAAAAGUUCCCCAGCUGGACCUUGUUUCUGGCUGUUUGUGCUGUUGGAAUUGGAGGGACGUUUCAGUAUGGGUAUAAUGUUUCCAUUAUCAAUGCACCCACUCAGCAUAUACACAGGUUCUUAAAUGAAACCUGGGCUAGUCGUUAUCACAAGGAACUAAAUCCAGAUUUGCUGACUUUUCUUUGGUCUGUCAUUGCUUCUAUAUUUUCACUUGGAGGCCUGUGUGGAGCCCUUAUUGGAGGCAGCAUGGCGAUUCGGCUAGGCAGGAAAGGAGCUCUUUUGAUGAAUAAUAUUAUAGCAAUACUGGCCUCUGUUUUAAUGGGGAUCAGUUUUCCUACAGGAUUGUUUGAGUUACUGAUUGCUGGAAGGUUUUUGAUUGGCAUAAAUUCAGGUGUUGGGCUCUGUGUGCAGCCUCUCUAUAUUGGGGAGGUUGCCCCAAAACAUCUUAGAGGUGGCAUGGCCAUGGGGAGUUCCAUCUUCCUGACUGGGGGGAUACUAGCGGGACAAAUAGUUGGUUUGAGGGAGUUAUUAGGUGGAGAAGCAUAUUGGCCUCUGUUGCUAUCCAGCAGUUGUUUCCCAGCAUUUGCUCAACUUUUAUUCUUGCCAUGGUUUCCUGAAAGCCCCAGAUAUCUUCUUAUUGACAGAGGUGAUGAGCUGAGAUGUGCCAAAGCUCUGAAGCAGUUUCAUGGCUCUUCAGAAUAUCAAAAGGAGAUGGAAGACAUACAGCAGGAAUGUUUUGCCUUAAAUGGGGAGAAACCCAGGAAGCCCUGGCAAUUAUUCACUGAUCGUGCUGUGAGAUGGCAGCUCAUUAUUGUCAUUGUGAUGACAAUGGGCCAACAGCUCAGUGGAAUAAAUGCUAUUUAUUUCUAUGCAACUUACAUUUUUGAACAAGCUGGGAUCUUGGCAGAAAAAAUCCCCUAUGUGACACUUGGCACUGGAGCUUGUGAAUGCCUCACAGCCCUCACCUGUGGUUUACUGAUAGACUAUGUGGGAAGAAGAUACCUCAUCAUAGGGGGUUAUCUCCUGAUGACCCUUUGGAGCAUUGUUUUAACAUUCUCUCUGACUUACCAGGAACUGUACUCAUGGGUGCCUUAUGUGAGCAUGGCAUCUAUAUUUGCCUUCAUCUUGAGCUUUGGGCUGGGACCAGGUGGCAUAACAAACACCCUGACAGCAGAAAUAUUUGUACAGUCUUCACGUCCUGCUGCAUACAUGAUCGCAGGGACAAUUAGUUGGAUUAGUUUCUUCACAAUUGGAAUGCUUUUUCCCUUCAUAGUGAAUGGACUGAAGCAGUAUUGUUUUGUGGUGUUCUUACUGGAGUGCUCCUUAGUUGCUGCUUUCAUCUUUGUUGUAAUUCCUGAGACAAAAAACAGAUCUUUUCUGGAAAUCAAAAAGGAAUUUGACAAGCUGAAUUUUGGAAGAAAUACCAAAAAAAAGGAAACAGAGCUUUAUGAAAGAAGACAUCUCCAUGAUGAAUUUUUAAAAAUUUCUGUGUAAUUUCACAGCUGUAGCAGAACCCUAAUGAGAAUUAUGAACAGCGUUUUCUAAAUUACUAGUGUCAUACCAUGAAUAAUUAGCUUUUUAAAUCCUCCUGUAUACUUACAUGAAGUUUAAUUAACGGCAAGUUAAUUUUUCUGAAAUGCUGUUAAAACAUGUAUUGCUGAAAUUUUAUUAAAAACAUAUACAUAGAAGACUUGAGGUUUAGAUAUAACUUGAUGUUGUGGGCACACACAAAUGCCAGGGGAGGGUGUCCAAUGAAUUUCUCCCCCCAGCGGAUUUCUUCAGAUAACUUGGUUGCUUCUUUUAUUUCUGUGCCCCUUCUUCAGAUUCUGGUAAUGUAACAUAAGUUACUGCUUUACUGAAUAAAAUAUUUUGAGGUGUUAAACAAGAACUGGCCCACUGAGAAACCAGUAUUCCAAAUAUUCUACUUUAAAUAUAAAUUAGGGUAUUUAGUUGCCACUUUUCAGUUAAAUAACUUCUUUGAAAGCUUUAAGGACAUUCCUCAUCUAGUCCUACUACAGUAACUGCACAAGGACAGUUCAGCACCUAUCUGUCUUACUCUUAUUUGUACUAAAGUUUAUUAGAAAGACUUGUUUAUUAAAA